AUACGUGUCACAGUCAGCUCCACGGAAGACGAAAAGACUUUCUUCAUUCAUGAAGGCCUUCUGUGCCAAGAGUCGGAGAAGUUUGUCAGGCAACUGAAAGGAGGAUUCAAGGAAGCAGUUGACAAAGCGAUCGAAAUUCACGACGAAGACCCAAACCACUUUGGCUUCUUCGUACGCUACCUCUACGAUUACAACGGGAAGUUU